CCUAAACUCUUGCUCAAAAUGAUGAAGAUUCUUGUUGUCGGUGACAUGGGAACCGGCAAGACAUGUAUUAUAAACAGAUAUGUUCAUGAUAGAUUCAAUGAUAAGUCCAAACCAACCAUUGCUUGUGAGUAUGCAAUGAAGUUGUUCCAGCUCGAUGAUAUUACUCUCAGGAUUAACCUCUGGGACAUUGCUGGCCAAGACAGUGUGGGAGGUGUCAACAAAGUCUUCUGCAGACAAGCUGCUGGAGCCGUUAUUGUUUGAGACUGAACAGAUCAAUACUCAGUCGAGAACGCAGCAAAAUGGAAAGAUCAGUUAGAUGAUAUCUGAUGUGCUAAUGAUGAUCUUUCGAAAUUUCCAAUCAUUCUCAUGGCUAACAAGUAUGACUUAGUCAGGGAAUGCGAGGAAGAGAAGAAAGCAGAUGACCACAUGUACUUUGACACCUUCGCUUCGAAUAAUGGAUUUGUUGGCUGCAUGAGAACCUCAGCAAAGGAGAAUUAUAACAUUAAUGAGGCAUUUGAACUAUUGGUCCAAAAAGUAAUUGAGGCUAACACCACCAUCAACAAAGAUAAUGGAAAUCCAGAACUCAACCUCAACAAGAUUGGAAAGACGAGAAGGACAGAGGGGAUCCGGCUCACUGUAGAUACCAGCUCUAUUCUAUCCAAGCCUAACCAAAGCAUUGCGUCUAAUAAAAAGAAGAAAUGCUGAUAAUCAGUCAUAUUUUGCUAAAAAUUACCCGCAUGUAU